AUGAGUGAGGUUCAGAUCAGGAGGACGUUCCUCUCCAAGUGUCACUGUCUCCAGGACUUGUUCAUAGGACUUCAGUGUCUCUGUGUCUUUAUGUCUCUGUGUUUUCCUGUGGCGCCCCCUUCAGGUCCCGUGUCGUUCCUGCACUUGGAGCUUAAAGGAGACGUUCUGGUCUGCAGCUCUGAGGGCAUCUACCCUCAGCCCGCCGUGACCUGGACCCCUGACUCCGCCCACCAAACCCAGACGCGGCCAAUGGGGGAUCAGCUCUACUCCGUCAGCAGCUCGCUCGCCCUGGAGCUCCGCCCCCCUCAGAGGUUCACCUGUAACAUCAGCACGACCCACAGCUGGAAGAGCGCCACCUACAGCCUGAACCCUCCAGUGGAGAUGUCCUCAGACGUGACUCUGCCCUGCUCCUCCUCUUCUGCUCCGUCUGCUCCAGUCAAGAGCCUGAGUUGGACCUUCAACCGCGUCCAGAGCGUCCUGAGCCGGAGCGGAGCGGACGUGACCUACGGCGCCCCCUGGAGGCCGUUUGUGGAGCGCCUGUCAGAGUCAGGCGCUCUGAGUCUGAAGGAGCUGAGCCCAGAGCAGGAGGCGAGUACCUGUGUGAAGUCCACACGCAGCAACAAAAACUACAUCUCCAGCACACAACUGGGACGCACAAAGGAGGCAGCAGAGGGCCCUGGGGCCCUGCAGGUGCCCCUGGGUUCCCUUGAGGAAAGAGGAGACCCUGCUGUUCUGGAGAACCUGCUGCAGGACAAUGUUGGAGCUCCUGAAGGUAAACUCCAGCAGCACAGGAGCUAA